ACAAUUCCUACUUCCUCUCUCUCUCUCUCUCUCAUUCUUAAAGAUGUCUAGCAGAAGGUCACGUUCAAGGCAAUCAGGUGUUUCGAGGAUCACAGAUGAUCAAAUCAACGAUCUUGUUUCCAAAUUACAACAACUUCUUCCAGAGCUUCGUGAGAGACACUCAGACAAGGUAUCAGCAGCAAAGGUCCUACAAGAGACGUGCAACUACAUUAGGAACUUACACAGAGAAGUGGACGACCUUAGCGAGCGACUAUCGGAGUUAUUGGCCACCACGGACACUAGUAGUGCCCAAGCAGCCAUAAUUAGGAGCUUGCUUAUGUAAUAGAUCAGUUAGAAACCUCUCUUUCUUCUUCUUUCCACUUUCCUUCUCCUCUUCUUUCUUCUUCUUCUUCUUUCUAGGGUAUGGUAUGUGGACCAUACAAAAGGUUGGGUUGGAUUCUAAGACAUCCUUUUGCAAAGACUUGUAGUAUUUAAGUCAUAUAAUAAAAUAGACUUGCACUGACAAA